AACAUUAGCCCUGAUUAAACCAGACACAGUAUCAAAGAUUGGAGAAAUAAUUGAAAUAAUAAACAAAGCUGGAUUUACCAUAACCAAACUCAAAAUGAUGAUGCUUUCAAGGAAAGAAGCAGCAGAUUUUCAUGUAGACCACCAAUCAAGGCCCUUUUUCAAUGAGCUGAUCCAGUUUAUUACAAGUGGUCCUAUUAUUGCCAUGGAGAUUUUAAGAGAUGAUGCUAUAUGUGAGUGGAAAAGACUCCUUGGACCUGCAAACUCUGGGGUGGCACGUACAGAUGCCUCUGGAAGCAUUAGAGCUCUCUUUGGAACAGAUGGCAUAAGAAAUGCAGCUCAUGGUCCUGAUUCAUUUGCUUCUGCUGCCAAAGAAAUGGAGUUGUUUUUUCCUUCAAGUGGAGGUUGUGGGCCAGCAAACACUGCAAAAUUUACCACUUGUACCUGUUGCAUUAUUAAGCCCCAUGCUGUCAAUGAAGGUAAGUGCAUGUUAAAUACAGUGUAUCCA